GCUUAUUGGUUGGUUAAACGUCAUAUGGAAAUGAUUUCAGUGGCGAAACCCCUCCCACCGUAGUUGUGCUGCAAGUCUGCUGUGUUGAUACCGAACAAAAUGGCUGCAGAGGCUUGAUCCUGACCCGACACUCUCAGCGCUUUCUCCGGACACUCCGCACUUAUCCCUGGAUAUUUCCGCUGUCGUUUUAAAAACGUCGCUGGAUUUCUUCACACGACUGCAGCCAGGCUGCUUGCCACAUUGCUCGCUAUCUUUAUUUUUGCACUUUACUGAAGCAGCUUGCAUCGUAUAUGUCAGUCUACUAGACAGUAGCAGCUUCAAACUGCCCUCUUCUUCAUUUUGCACCAUAGAUCAGAUGCUAUUACUGAUGACCAAUUUAUGCCACUGUACUUAACCAACUGCCUCGCCGUUUUCAUGUAAUUUUUCUGUCUUUUCGAAGGUAUUUGGUAGCGUCAUGUAAAUGUCGUCUGCUGAUUUUCCUGCAUGCAUGCAUGCAUGCAUCUAUAAUCUCCAUCAGAGCCCAAAGCUCUGAGUCUGCAUAGAGAUUUCCAUUUGCAUAUUCAAUUCUGUGUUUAUUUUCAUUCUGCUGCCUUUUUGGGAUACUUUCGGAAGUUCGGCUGCUCAUUCAGUACAGUGUUACUGGGGUCUGUCUGUUUUUACGGGUACUUCUUUUUCGGAAAAAAGGCCUUUUUGUACCGCUGUGCGACAUGCAACACCAUUUUUUUUUACUGAAAGCUGCCAAAGCUCGACUUGUGAACAAAAAGCUGAGAAAAGCUGAACAUCACAAGGAGAGAACCAUUUGAUGGAAGAAAAGAAAAAGAAAAAGCAAGAAGUUGAGACAAAGAAGAACGCUGCAGAGAAACCGGUUGCUGAACAGAAAACCAAAGUGCCAGACUCUGUUAAACCCAAUCCCAGCAUCCCUUCAAGUCCCAUUUUGUCCCUGAACCUGCCUGUACCCUCUGCCUCCACCACCAGCAAUGGCAAGCGUAACCCUAGUAAUGCCCUACAACAACAGUUACCUCCAUUGCAGCAGCCCAGUCCCCGAUAUGCGCACAGAGAGGUUCCUCCACGCUUCCGACAGCAGGAGCAGAGGCAGCUACUGAAGAGGGGUCAACCUUUACCUACAGGCGCUUUGAACCUGACCUCUGCUUGCACUCAGUCCGGGGUCAUCUCCCCUCCUGAGACGCCCACCAGCAAACGGCACACGGGACUUCCCCAUCAAAGUGGCCUCGGAGCCCAGAAUGAGAAUUGUCACUGGAACAUCCCAGUCACCAAAAGCAGCAGCAGCAGCGGCAACCAGGAUAAAGUGAUUAUUAACCAUAACAACUCAGACGCUUGGCCUUCCAUUACAUACGGCAAGAGCCAGCAGACACCAGAAUGCACCUUGGACGCUGAACGCACAUCAGAGUUUGUCAGCAACAGUAGUAGCACUAUCAUGGCUACAGGAGCUAGCCAGCAGGGUCAUUACCCAAUCAGCAAAGCCAGCGUUAAUCUCACUUCUAGUAUGGUCUCUAGUCAAGGUGGCCCUACCAGAGGGUGGGUCUCAGAAGGAAAGAUUGACUUUCCCAUGGGCAGUAGAGGGCAGUCCAGCUGGGGUGCCUCUAAUCUGAACCUCAACCCCAGUGCCAACCCUGCUGCUUGGCCAGCUCUUGGACAUGAGGGGCCUGGGGUAGGGUCAGGCCCUAGUAGCAUGGUUUGCUCAAAUUCACUUUCUCUUAGUAUGUGUGGCCAAGGAGGAGUGGCACCACCUCACGGCACCAUUGGAAAUGGUAGCAUUGGUUGUGUCAAUGGAAACCUUGUAGGGGACUGUGCAUGGGGCAACCCGGAUAUCCCAGAACAGCACCAGUCUCCCACAAAUGUAUCUUUCAACAUGAAACCUCCUAACCUUAAAACUGAUGGACCAAAUAACACUAAACCAGAGCCAAUGAGUCCAGUGAACAGCUGGAGAGGAAACCUUAGUCAGUCACCUACUGAGCCUGCCAGUGAAGAUGGAACUGCUUUCUGGGGCAACAGAGAUGCCAAAAAUGGAGAAUCAAAGGAUUCUGGCUGGGAUUCUGCAGGGGUCUCCUCUUGGGGGCAGGGAGGAGCUAGCAGUGGUGGGGGCUGGGGUGACUGGAGCAAACAGCCAAACACUGACGGUACAGGGUGGGAUGCUAAUGAUGGUCCUUCCCAAGAACAAAUGAGUUCCUGGGGCCCUGAUACUCCAGCAAGUGAGGGCAGCAGGGAUAGUAGUGAGGGCCACCCAAGAAGAAGAGAGAGGUCCUCAAGUGAUGAUUUGGCCCCUUUGCUGCCGAGGCAGGACUUGGACCCACGUGUCCUCUGUAACUCAGGCUGGGGACAAACUCCAGUUCGUCAACACACUGUUUGGGAAAUGGAAGAAAGUCCAGACAAAAAGAAUGAUGCAGGGGCUGAGGUCUGGGGGUCUUCCUCCAGCACACCUUUAACUGGACCUGCACCACCUCCUCCUGGAUCUGCCAAUCCCAACCUUAAUGCACCUCCCAGAAUGGACACAAGCAAGAGCGAGGGAUCUUGCAGAGCCACGGCAAACUCAGGCUGGGGAGGAUCGGUCCCAGCCUCUACUCAUCCUAAUGGUGGAUGGGGGGAACCACCUGUAAAUAAAAAGGUUCCCAAUGGAUCAGUGUGUGGCUGGGGCGAUCCCAUUUCUGAGGGUCUCAACACCAAUGGCUGUAAUGGCCAAUCUUGGGCUUCUGAAGAAAAGUCUUCUAGCUGGGAUGAUGGUACUUCUCAGAAAAAAACAAAAGGUUGGGGUGAUGGACCCAAAACUUCCUCAGGCUGGGGAAGUAGUAGCAGUGGGAAUAGUGGAGAGUGGGGUGACCCUUCAGAAAUACGGAAGGACGGCUCUGGAAGUAACUCUAGGGACCCUGAAAACAGAAACUGGAAGGAAACCCAGAGAGGUUGGGGUAAAGCAGCACCAGCACAGGGUGGUGGUUGGGGUGAUGCUCAACAUUCCAAUGGUUCAGCCCAAGGUUGGGGUGGAAAACUUCAGGAAUCCACAUGUGGCAACAGUGGAGCUGGAGGCAUUGGAUCAUGGUGUGGCCCAAAUUCUGUAAAACAGAGCAACUCUGGCUGGGCAUCAGGAGGACGCCAGGAUCCAGGAGAUGAGGUCACAGGCUGGGAAGAACCAUCUCCAUCUUCUAUUCGUCGCAAAAUGGAAAUUGAUGAUGGGACCUCCACCUGGGGUGACCCCAAUGCUUACUGCAAGAGAGUGAACAUGUGGGACAGGAAUAACUCCCAAAAUCAUUCAGGAACCAGCAACAAUGGCAGCAGUAAUAGCCUCACUGGGCCAAACAACAACAACAACAGCAACCAUCACCAACACCACAGCCAAGGUCCCACUCAGAACCAUGUCAAUGGCAGCAACAACAAUGGCUCACCCAGUCAAGGUGAAUCUCCUCUUAACAGGGUGCCCAUGGGGAACCCAGGCUGGGGAGAGCUCCCUAAUGUCCAGCCAAAUCCAGAACCCUCUUCAUGGGGCGAGCCAGCCAAUUCCAACCCCUCUGUGGACAAUGGCACUUCAGCUUGGGGCCAGCCCACUAAGGGAUGUGGAAGAUGGGGUGAAAGUGCCCAUGACUCCAGUGGACCUUAUGGCAGAGGAAAUGCACCUGCUGGAUCAGGCCCCUGUCAGGAAGGUCCUAAACCUAUGCAAGAUGGCUGGGGAUCUGGAGGGGAAGAGAUUGGCAUGAAUACCAGCCAAUGGGAUGCUGAUGAUGGUGACAUGUGGAACAGUCCCACAUCCCAAGACUCCUCUUGUAACUCCUGGGGUCAAUCCAAGAAGGGCCCACAAAGGGGCAAGGUCUCCAACAAGCAGGAUGACAUUUGGAUCAUGACCAGACUUAUCAAGCAGCUUACAGACAUGGGUUUUCCAAAGGAUCCUGCAGAAGAAGCCCUGAAGAGCAACAAUAUGAAUCUGGAUCAGGCCAUGAGCGCUUUGUUGGAGAAGAAAACUGAACUGGACAAACGGGGGAUGGGCAUGUCGGACUACAGUAAUGGAAUGAAUAGGCCCAUGGUGUGCCGACCCACAAACCUCUCCAAAGACCCUUCACUGGAUCGUGCCCCCUUCCUGGACAAGGAUGGCAGGCUGUCAGAUGAUGCUUCAACCUCACCGUUUAUGCCUUCUACUGGCCUCAAGCUCCCACUGGCCAAUAGCAGUCACCCUAGCCAUGGAUUGGGUGGGGUCUCCUCUGGCCUGUCCAUGCAAAACUUGAACAACAGACAGAUGCAGAAUGGAAUGUUUGGCACUAACGGAGCAGCACAAACUCGGGUCAUGCAGCAGCAGGCCCCGCCCCCUCAGCCACCAGUGCCACCUCUUAGCUCCACCCAGCCUACUCUACGUGCUCAAGUGCCUCAGCUUCUCACCCCUCAGGUUCAAGCACAGCUCUUACAGUUUGCGGCAAAAAACAUUGGUCUGAAUCCUGCACUUUUAACCUCACCAAUAAAUCCUCAACAAAUGACCCUGCUGUACCAACUACAACAACUGCAGGUGGCAUAUCAGCGUUUGCAGAUUCAGCAGCAAAUGAUGCAGGCUCAGCGUAAUGUCUCUGGUUCCAUCAAACAACAAGAGCAGCAAGUUGCACGUACAAUCACAAACAUGCAGCAGCAGAUCCAGCAGCACCAGCGUCAGCUGGCCCAGACUCUGCUUAUGAAACAGCAACAUCCUCCACCUUCUUCUCACACCGGCCUGCACACAAACCUUGGUAAGGCAAGCCUGGACACCUUCACGGGUCACCCUCAGACUUCAGGCCUCUCCGUCUCAGACCUGCAGACCAAAGAGCAGCAGUCUUCUCCAAACUCCUUCAGCCCUUAUACACUCUCUGGUUUGAACCCGAACAUUAAUGUAAACUGUAUGGAGGGGGGAGGUCUAUCUCUGAAAGACCCUCCUCAGCCUCAAUCCCGGCUCUCACAGUGGACUCAUUCAAAUUCCAUAGAUUCCAUGACGGCUAGCGCUCAGCACAUGGAGGCAAACAUCAAUAAGCAUGGUGCAAUCUCUGCUGCUCAGUCCCAUGUGCCUGUCGGAAAGAGCGCCAUGGAAGAUUCCUUCAGCCCAUACAAUCUGAUGUCAAGCUCUGAAUCCCCCACCAGCACCUUGGUGCCUCCGGAGAGCUGGACACAGGGCAAAAGUCCCAAUGAGAAAAUUUCUAGUGGCUCCAAUAUCAACUGGCCUCCAGAAUUCUGCCCUGGGGUGCCAUGGAAAGGUCUGCAGAACAUUGACCCUGAGAAUGACCCCAACAUGACCCCAGGAAGUGUUCCAAAUGGCCCCACCAUCAACACCAACAUACAAGAUGUGAAUCGUUACCUGUUACGUGACAGGACUGGAGGUAAACUCUUGGAGAUGAAGUCUACCUGGUCCUCUGGACCCAUCUCCCACACACAGGCGUCGUUAUCUCAUGAGUUAUGGAAGGUUUCCCCAGGGACACGUAACUCCAGUGCUCCCUCUCGCCCCCCACCAGGCCUGACCAACACCAAGCCCUCUUCUACCUGGGGAGGAAACUCCCUUGGCCUCAGCCAGGGCUGGACCAGCUCUUACUCAUCUGAAGGGGGAACUUGGAGCACUGACAGUCCCAACAGAGGAAGCAGCUGGCUGGUGCUGAGAAACCUCACUCCUCAGAUUGACGGCUCCACCCUACGGACUCUGUGCAUGCAGCAUGGCCCUCUCAUUACCUUCCAUCUGAACCUGACACAGGGCAAUGCUGUCGUACGUUACAGCUCCAAGGAGGAGGCCGCCAAAGCCCAGAAAUCCCUGCACAUGUGUGUGCUGGGUAACACUACCAUCCUGGCAGAGUUUGCCGGUGAGGACGAUGUGAACCGCUUCUUUGCACAGGGCCAGUCCCUUACCCCCACCACCAGCUGGCAGGCCAGCCCAGCACCAGGCUCCAAUCAACCCCGGCUGGGCAACCCUGCAGCCAGCCACCCCACAGGCCUCUGGAGCGGGGGUGGAGGAGGUACUAAGAUAGUCUGCAGCACCGGGAACAGCAGCAGUGGAAACGGAGGCGACAUGCUGUGGGGCGGCGUGCCGCAGUACUCCAGUUUAUGGGCUCCCCCAAACGGAGAUGAUGCCAGGGUAAUCGGCAGCCCCAUCCCAAUUAACACCUUGCUUCCCGGAGACCUGCUGAGCGGAGAGAGCAUGUAGGAUGUAUCGGACAUCAUAAACCGACAAAGUCAAAAGACCUUAUGGAUCAAAACCCAAGCAAAUCAAUGUGGCGAUAAUCACUUUUUGUGGAGCUGUAAUGGAGGUUUAGUGUGAGACGAAGCUGCAAACCUCCAACUGCUGUUUAUUUGUCCUCUGGUUUUUACGUCAGACUGUUUGUUGUAUUCGUGCAUCUUGUUCUUAGUGUGCAAAGACCUCGAGAAGCAAGAAUCAAUAGAAGCAGAAGCCUUUUGAUGCUUUUUUUAUUUCCAAAGGUUGUUUUUGCUCAAAAGUGUUGUUCAGGAGAAGCCAUCAACGAGGCAGCCAUCUGAAAGUGACCCAGGCACAGUGAGACCUCAUGACACCCUUCCCUAUAACGACACUGUUCUGAUGAUCGGAAUGAUCUUGGUACUUUUUUGGUUUUAAACUUUUCAUCUUUUCUUCAGAACUUAUUAUAUUAGCCGUAAGUGCUCUCUCUCCAGGUCCUCCUUAAAAACCUUUAUUUUCUAAAACCUACAAAAAAUUCUUUGUAACUUGCACAGUUCUGUUUCUGAGCCAGCGUAUAGGCCAGAGCAAAUGAGAAGAACACUCCUAGCAGUGGCCUGUCAUCAUGACUAAUCACCAAUGAUCUUUUUUCUUUAAUUCUUUUAGUUUUACAAAAAGGGAGCUGCACUGCUCUAUGUUUUCUAUUUACUCACGCCAGUUUUUUUUUGUUUUUUUUAAUGUGUAUGGUUAAAAAAAAUAAGCUGAAUGUUAAGCUUUGAUGUAGAUGAAUGAAUGUCAGAGUGUCUGCUGGAACUUGACCAAGCAUCUGUGUGUGAGUACAUAACCACUGCUAAAAACACUUUCAGUGGAGGCUUUUUAAAUAUACCUAAUGGACAUCAGUGCUGAAUCAAUCAGAUGUAAUUCAGUUACUGUGUGGUGUAUCUGGUUAUUGAGAUACAACAGAGAGAAGAAACUCAUUCUGAUGCAUUGUGCAAUAGAAGCCAGAGAUCCUUUCUUCCGUCCACACUGAAGCUUACUGAAACUUAAGACUGCUUUUUUUUCUUCUUCUUUUUUUGAAGGCUUUUGAAGAAUUUAACCUUUGGACUAAUUUCCCACCUUGCCUCUGUCUGUUUGUCUGGCUUGCUGGCUGUUCGGUAUUUGUGUGGAAAGGAGGAACUGUUAAUUGUGUUUGACGUCACUACAUGUGGUUUAAAACUGCAUGUGUGGGAUCUCACAGUCUCCCGGCCACUUCUUCACCAAACAGAAACGGAAUCCAGAGCGGAGACGCAUGGCACGGGAGUCAGGCACAAUACCAAAUACAAUGCGUUUCUCUUAAUGCAGUACAGAAUAAGAGAUCCUUGCAUUUGGUACAAACAUAAAAGACAUCUACAUUUUCUAAGUCUCUUCUUAAAGGGGUAUUAUCAUAGCACUUAUUACAAGAGUGAUGCUCCCUCUGUGAAGCCAAUAAAUCAGAUAACGGAGCAUAUAGUUUAAAAAAAAAAAAAAAAAAAAAAACUUCUUAUGGCAACUUUUGGCUUUUUUUCUUUUUUUUUUUUGUACCUUAAUGGUAUUCAAAAAAGCUUGUUUGUUUGUCGUCCAUCUCUGGUCCAGAAGCUUAAGUGCAGAAAAAAAAAAAAAAAAAACAUUUUAGAAUGAAGGGAAGAACAAACUCUACAAUCAAACGAAUCCUGCAAUGUAUGUUUUUAUGUGUCUGUACUUUUCUUUCUACUCUCUAUCAAAGUGAAUGUCAUUGUUACUCUGAAAUAGUCUUUGCCCUGUCUGGAGGAGGCAUCUCGAUUGGAUUGGAUAUAAAAGCAGGCUGUGUGGUGUGUUAGUGCCUCGAUGUGAAAACUGAUCGGAGGAUGUUCGAUUCUCCAUAGCAACUCUCUCUGUGCACCUAGUACAAUGGAAUGCUGGAAAGGAUAGUAAUGAUGUCAUGAUAUGGAUGUUGGCGGCAUCAUUCAUCAUUGGCGUCCUUGUAGUAGUAACUUAGGUACAGAUCUUCGAAUGUUCUGCCGUUCUUUCUCUGGAUGACAUCACUCCUCUCAUGCAUCCUUCCCCACUCCCUGGUCUUGCAUGAUUCCACAACACCCCCACCCCCCCAAUUGAAUUUGAGACUGAAUGCAAUUGCCAGUGUUGUGUGAUGUUUUUUUCACAUUCUGUUGGUCUUCAUGCAGUGGUCUUUAACUGCCUGCAGUGCUCAUAUGCAGAUACACUUUAAAAGAAAGGUGCCUCUGUAUACCUGUCCUGUGUAACGGAUGCAAACGAAGAUCGAUGAUGUGGGCCAUAUUUGUUUAUUUCAUGUCAAAAGUCAUUUGUUUUUGUUGUUAACAAUGUUCUUAGGUCAUUUAGAAUAACGGCUCUUUUAGUGAUGUGUGUGUGCAUGACCUCACCCUGGGUGUCCCACCUCUAACUCAGCUGCUAACAUCCUCUCUCUCUCUUGUGUGGCCUCGGUGAAGCCAACCCUGUUAUCGAGACAAGCCACCCGUACUUGAAAAGCCCUGUCCGAGCAGUGUUUCUAUGGACAGACUCUUUCUGCCACUGGCUCUAUAACUACAGCACACAGCAUGCUGUCACUAUGCAAAGUUAGAGAAGAUGGGCACGUAAUGUCCGUCCUGUGCCAAUCUGUGGCUUUGAAAGGAAGUUGGAAAUAUCUCACAGUCCUCCCGUAAUACUUUCUUACAUACUCAAGAGGCCAUUGUAAUCCUUGUAAAUUUAGGAUGUUGUCUGACGCUAAGCCAAUUUAAUUUUGGGAGGUCUGUGUGUUAAAUCUGCUGAAUUUGAUCAAUCUCAUUUCAGUACAAUCUCAGGGCAUGACAAGAUGAACUAAAUUUAUGUGUAAUGAAAGUUGAUAGUUUUUAAGAUUUAUCAUCUUUAAGCAGUUUUACACACUAAAUGAUGUGUAAGAAGCUUGUACAUUUAAAGAAACGCAAGUGGAUAUUUAUCAGUGGGGCAAUAAAAUUAGGAGGCUGGCUAGUUUGGGUCUUCUCAAUCCUUCUGAACAGGGACUGCUGCAGAGCCAUCAGUUCAUUUAUACAGUAAAUGGGACCUGUGUAUCUUACCUCUCUGCUGCUGGUUGUGUUGAAUUCCCCUCAUGGUCUCAUGUGCCAAUGUAUACAUAAAUAUAUGUACAGUACACUGUGGCAUCUCUGACUUCACAUUUUAAAUUCCAAUGUUGUUUUGUUGUAGAGCACUUCUGUUCGGAGGCACUUUGAUGAUUCUUGUGUGUUUGAGGUGGGAUUGGGUUUAAAAGGGGUUGAGGAUAUUCGUCAGAUAUAUUUGUCACCUCAUGCUGAUUAUUUGUGAUUAAUCUUGUUGCUGUCAUUUGAAGAAUCCUUUAUAACAAGCAAGAACUUUAACAGCAUUGGGGAUUAUGGUGUGCCAAUGGCGUACAGAUAAUGGGUAAUCCCUGGUACUUUUUUGAAUACCAAAAAUGAAAUAGCAUUUUAGUAUCUUUUUUUUUUUUAAAGGAAACAAAAAAGUUUGACAAAAACAUGUAAACAAUGAAGGAAAAAAGAUCUAUAACAUUUAAAAAUGCACUUCUUGCUGAUAUUAUCUCCUGUUUGCUGGUCAUGUUCUGAAGGUUGACAGCAAGCUGGAGUGCCUUUUAUGUAUGCUGUAUUAACUGUUUAUGUAAAAUUGUGCCCUGAACUGUACAUUUCCAUCUCAGUUUCAGUUCAUUUCGGGCCUUGAUGCUGUAUAAACCUUCUUUUCUUUUCUUUUAUUUUUCUUUCCUUUUGGAAAAAGACAUUUCAACAGAUGUCUUAAGAUGCUAAAGUUGUUCAUUGACUUAUUUUUUUCUAUUUCUGGGAUUCUGGGAGGUUUGGGGGGUGGGGGGUGAUCACUGUUGCCUGUGUGUAACUGCCUUGUUCCAAACUCAGUCGCAGCUGACUGACAGUGAACCACAAUGUGGCUGUAAUUCCAAACAGUCAAAGAUCACAGGAAGUCUCUGGUGACACCAGCAUUGGUAGACUAUGACUACAGCUUACCAUUAUCCUCAAUAUUAUCAUGUUCAUUAUGAAGAGAAAUGCUAUCAGAUCUCUGAAUCCUUCCCUUUUGAAACUACUGGGUAAAAUACAAUUUGAAAUAAGCAAUAGACCUUGAUCCUUACGAUGUGUCAUCUGAGAGAAUUUGCCUAAAAGAAAAAAAGAGUGAUCAAUGAUAGAUUUGAACCAAACAGUCUUACUAAAGUUGCAUAUUGGUUUAAAUUAAAUGACACAGGACGUACAUGCAGUAUUUGUGUAUACCUUCAAUCAUUAUGUUGAAACCCAUAAUUCUAAACAAUGUUUAUGUUUCUAGGCAAAGAAUGAAAAAUCAUAAACAUAUCAAAAGAAAUAUAUUCACCGAUACUUGAAUUAAAGCACGCCAAUUGUAAAAUGUGAAUUUAUUUUUUCUUAAAUUUUUGUUUGGGUCUGACACGUUUAAGGUAUUUGAUAACAUCCUCACAAGGUUUAACAUUCUUCACGAGGAAGAAAAAAAAAGCUAUGUUGAAAAACGUUGAUUUUAGUAUGAAUGAGUGUGUUUGAAUGGUUCUGUAUGUGCACUCUUUAAUCACUGCUUCUCGUCACGUGGCAACUGCCUGCAAUUAUGAUCCAUUUAGUAUGUUGAACUUUCUCCAUUAUUUGUGUGUGUGUGUGUGUGUGUGUGUGUGUGUGUGUGUUAAAAAAUGUUCCAACAUGGUUACUAUCUAGCGUUGCACUGAGUGUCUUUUUUCCCAAAAAAAAAAAAAAAAAAAAAACGCAGGGGAGAUGAUGACAAUUCAUGUGUUAAUGUUUACUCAAGGACUUUAUGGGUUUAUUUUCAUCUUAAAAUAUUAAAAACCUGUAAAAUUGUAUCCUCAUAUUGGCUUUUAUUGUGGAAUAAUUCCCACAAGAGUUAUCAUUUUAAAGAGUUUUGCAUUGUUUCAAUUGCAUUAUUUAAAAAAAAAAAAAAAAAAAAAAUAGUAACAGAAAAAAAAUAGAAGAUAAAAACUAAACGUUGGCCAUAGUGAGAAAGUUAGUAGAGAACCAGUAACAUUCAUGAACAGUAAAGAUAAACAGAUGCAAGUUAGUGACAUUCUGACUCAUUUCAAAAGGUGCCUAUCUCUUCCAUUCUGUGAAAUUCUUCUUUCUUUUCAGAAUUACCUGCCGUUUACAAAUGAUGGAAUUUUCCGAAUUUGCAAAAACAAAACAAAAAAGUAAAGGAAUUUACUACAAGAAUGCAAGGAAAAAAAACUACAAUUACAUCUUCCAUCAAAAAAAAAAAACAAAAGAAAAAACUUUUUAAAUGAAGACGUAUGCUACUUGCUGAACUCUGGGAUUGUUUCAGUGUUGCGCUGAAUUUUGCUUAUGAAUUACAUUAUUGUUCUUGUUGGUUGAACUUAUGCCAAAAUGUCUUUAAAUUUUCAUUUCUGUAAAAGCAACAUAAUUCUGUCACUGUCUUGCACACUGACAAUGGACUUGGAUAUUUUCUCAGGAAGAUUAGGGGUCCAGAGUUCCAGUUUCACUGUUAUGAUGUUUGAUUAUCAUGAGAAUUUAACAAAUUGUUUAAUGAAAGAGGACAAAAGAUGUCGAUAGAAAUCCAGCUCAAAGCACUGAAGGUUAUGGAUUUUUUUUUUUUUUUUUUUUAAUGUCUUUUGAAGACAUUUUAAUCCGUAGCAGACACACAUUUACCAAAUAUUAGAUUUGUAAUGAACUUAUGCGUUAUGUUUGUGGAGUACUUUCCAUUUGAAAUAUGUUUGUUUGUAUCUAGCGCUUUACAUACAAAUACAGUUUUGUUUAUUGGUUAGGUUGUGGAAGGACCUACCACUGUUUUAUUUUACCUUGCUUGAUGUUUCUCAACGAGGUCCAGUAAAAGAUGCUUGGUAUUCCAUCCUCUUGUCUUUUCUUGUUUUGGAAAUUCAGAGGCUUGUAUGCAAAGGCCUGAGAAUUGUAGAUCAACAAAUAGAACUUGAACUCCUACCAGAUUUUCUUACUAGUUUUUGAGUGUGGGUUGAAAAUACUCCAUCUAGGUUUAAGACUAUGAUGAGGAAUUGAAAUAUUGUGAAAGGAUUAAGAAUCUAUGCACAAGUUUGAGGGGACAAUAUGUCCGGUCAUGCUAUUCUCACAAGGAACUUUUUGGUGGGGUGGGUUGGGGGGUGUUCAUACACUUGUUACUUAUUUCUUUGUUGUACGAGUUCUGAUUUGAAAUAGCAGAUUUUAAAGUGUCAUCACCACGCUCUGUGUCUCUCAACCAAGGAGCAUCAUCAACCAAGCACUGUGGGUUUAUGCCAAUCCGUGACUGACAUUCUAGUGUUCAAAUGGAAUGAUGGGUUGUACGGGGUCUUGUGAAAGGGAAUUUAAUUGUUUCUCUUUAUUGUUCAAAUAUUAAGAACAUGACUGUACUAAGAUUUAACAAUGUUGCUGGCUUUUAAAUGUGUUUUCCUUACCCUUAAUAGAAUGUGAUCGUUGAGGACUUGCACCGAAAAAGUCUUUCCAUGUGGUAUGGAGAUUAUUUCAACCUAUAUUAAUAAACAGCAUUUUUUUCUCUUGAA